AUGUCUUUCAAUUUAAUAAAAAAAUUAUUACCAUCUCAACGGAUAUGGAAUUUCGUACCAAAUUCAGCAUCAACAGCAGCUCUAUAUAAUGCAAAUACCAGAAUAUGGCACAGUUAUACUAGUGAUAUAAAGACCGAAAAAUCAGGAGCUAAGAUCGACAAUCAAGGUAACGAAGAGCAACGUUAUAAAGGAUAUUGGACAUUAAUUCUAAAUCAGCCAUCAAGAGCAAAACAAGAUGUUGAUCAAAGUAACAAACUAAUUUUUGAUAAUGAAGAUAUUAAUAGUAGCAAUUAUGCAUCCAAGCCUAUUGCUUCGAUUGCAUUAAAGAAUGACCAAGUAGUUGAAAAUCGACCAAUGUUGACUGUUGAUGGUGAAAUUAUUCCGCAGAAACCAAUGUUUCCCGAUAAUUGUUGUAUGAGGUUUGGGAUGACUUUAAGCACCGCACCAAAAUUCAUAAUCACUAUAUUAACAAACAUAUUUCAAAAUUACUUGUCUGGCUUUGACAUAUUUAAAGUGGAUGUGCACAUUGAUAUCUACGCGGAAGAAUAUCGCGAGUGGCGUGAAAUCACUGCACGAAUACGUGAUCGAUUGCUUCGAGAAAGGAAACCUGUACCAUUGAUUCUUUCUCAAGAACAAAAUGAAGAAACGUCAACGAACCAAUCAUCAAAGCAACAAGGAAUUGAUGAUGCAACAAGUGCAAGGGGUCCGGGAUUCGAUGAAGGGAUGAGAGCAUUUUUGGAGCUGGAAAGGAAAUUGAAGGGGAAUUGA